UGCCUUUUUGUAUCCAGAUUUUUCUCAAAAUGUCAAGCUUAGCUCAACAGUUAGAGGCCAAGCGCACAAACCUGCGACACACACAGACACAGGUGACCACGCCAGAUGGCCAGUCCAAGAUUGAAGACAUUCGCCCGGAUGGGACACAUGUUGUCAGAAUGUUAACACCUCUUAGCCCAGGCUUUGUGGUUGAUACAAAGCCUGACCUGAGAUAUUCCCCCAUCCUAACAAAGCUAAUCUUGGGGUCACAGGAUGUUGCCCAUGACCUGGAGCUUCUCCAUAAAAACAAGGUGACUCACAUAUUGAAUGUUGCAACGGGGGUUAUAAAUCUCUUUGAUGGCUGGUUUACCUACAAAACAAAGGAGGCCUAUGACACCCCAACUUGCCGCAUAAUUAACAUUUUUGACGAGUGUUGUGAGUUCAUCCACGAUGCUAUAAUGGCUGGAGGUUGUGUCCUUGUGCACUGUAAUGCUGGUGUAUCUCGUGCAGCAUCUAUUGUUAUUGCUUAUUUGAUGAAGCACUAUGGCAUGAAUUAUGAUGAAGCGCAUAGGUUUGUGAAGUCCAAGAGGUCUUUCAUUCGCCCGAAUGUAGGUUUUGUUGAGCAGUUGAAAGAGUAUGAAGCAAAAUUGUCAAAAUGACAAAAAGCAAAGGCUGUGCCAAAGAAACCUAGGCU